GUGAGAAGUGAGAACUAAAGCAAAACCAGUCUGGCAUAUUAAUUGCCCACUUUGUUUCUUCCCUACUAUAAAACUUCACCUCCUUCUUCUUCUCCUUCUUGUGAUCCCAUUAACUCUCCUCGAUCUCCUUUUUUUUUCUCUCAUUAUUUUAUUCACUCCUCUUCUUCUUCUUCUUCUUCUUCUUCUUCUUCUUCACUAUUAACAUCAAUUCAUGGAGCUCAACACUAUGUUAAUGGUGUUGGCAGUUCUAGCUACGUACAUGAUAUGGUUCAAACGUUUAGUCUUGAACAUGAAAGGCCCACGUGUUUGGCCACUCGUCGGAAGUCUCCCCGGCUUAAUCCAACACUCCGACAACAUGCAUGAAUGGAUCUCCGACAACCUCACCAUCACCGGCGGCACUUACCAAACAUGCAUCGCCGCCGUGCCGUUCCUCGCCCGCCGGCAAGGACUUGUCACUGUCACUUGCGACCCAAAAAACUUGGAACACGUGUUAAAGACCAAGUUCGAUAACUAUCCCAAAGGUCCAACAUGGCACGCCGUCUUCCAAGACCUCCUCGGAGACGGGAUCUUCAACUCCGACGGUGAGACUUGGUUGUUACAACGCAAGACUGCGGCGCUUGAGUUCACAACUCGUACUCUUCGUCAAGCUAUGUCUCGUUGGGUUUCACGUGCCAUUCAGCUCAGACUCCUUCCUAUUCUCAAACAAACCGAAGACGGUGGCGGCGCCGCCGCCGUUGACCUCCAAGAUCUUCUUCUCCGUCUCACCUUCGACAACAUUUGCGGCUUGGCUUUCGGCAGGGAUCCUGAGACGUUAGCCCCUGGCUUGCCGGAAAACGCAUUCGCCACCGCGUUUGACCGUGCUACUGAAGCUAGUCUUCACCGGUUUAUCUUCCCGGAAGUCUUGUGGCGGAUCAAGAAGUGGCUCCGGCUUGGCAUGGAGUCAACGCUCAGCCGCAGCGUUGCUCACGUCGACGAGUAUCUCUCCGCCGUCAUCAAAGCUCGGAAACUCGAACUCCAUUCUCACUCUCACGAUGAUCUUUUAUCCCGUUUCAUGCGCAAAGGUAACUACACUGACGCUUUUCUCCAACAAGUAGCUCUAAACUUCAUCCUCGCCGGCCGUGACACAUCCUCCGUUGCACUCAGCUGGUUCUUCUGGCUCGUCUCUAACAAUCCAAACGUCGAACGGAAAAUCCUCGAAGAGGUUUGUUCCGUUCUUAAAGAAACUAGAGGUUGUGAUGUCGAUAAAUGGCUUCAAGGUCCAUUAGAGUUCGAAGAGAUCGAUAGGCUUGUUUAUCUUAAAGCAGCUUUGUCGGAGACUCUUCGGCUUUAUCCUUCGGUGCCGGAGGACUCUAAACAUGUUGUUUCCGAUGAUGUUUUGCCCGACGGGACUUUUGUUCCGGCAGGGUCUGCGAUUACUUACUCUAUUUACUCGGCUGGCCGGAUGAAGACUGUUUGGGGUGAAGAUUGUUUGGAAUUCCGGCCGGAAAGGUGGCUCACCGGAGAUGGGAAGAGAUUUACACAGCAUGAUUCUUUUAAGUUUGUAGCUUUUAAUGCUGGUCCAAGGAUUUGUUUGGGUAAAGAUCUUGCUUAUUUGCAGAUGAAGUCAAUCGCGGCAGGUGUGCUUCUCCGGCAUCGGCUUACGGUGGCCGCCGGCCACCGUGUUGAGCAAAAGAUGUCACUCACUUUGUUCAUGAAGUAUGGUUUACGUGUCAACGUGCACCAUAGGGACCUUUCAGCCAUUGUUGAAGAUCUAAGGAGAGUUAAUUAAUUAAGCAAAGUGGUUCAGCUUAGUGAUGAUCUCUUUCUAAUGGUGCCAUUGUAGAUAUGAGAAGAGAGAAGACUUGGUUGAUGAUCAACUAUGAGGUUUAUUAUUAUUAUUAUUACUGAUACUUAAUUUCUAAGUUUUUAUCUAUUAAUUAUAUUAUUAUUAUUGUUAUUGUUAAGCAUUUUAUGAAGAAUUUAUAUAUAUAUAUAAAGUGUGGAGAGAUUCUUGGAUUAUGUAAUUAAUCUUUGGUCUCUUUCAUAAGCAAAAUGUUGUAUUAUGGAUUUCUGAAUAAAUGUUUAUGUAUUGGAUUU